AUGUUCAAAAUAUUAAGACUAACAAUAGUAAGACAUUUCUUAAAUGUUAGUAAUACAUUUAAUGCAAGUUUAUUGCGACAAAUACAAAAUGUGGGAAUAAAUGAUAUUCCAAAAAUAUUAGUGUCUGAUAUUCGAAAACUAAUGCGGCAGAAAGGUUUUGCGGUGCAAGAUGGAUUUACGUCCCUUACUACUAAGUGCUCCCUUUGCCUUAGUGAAGAAAAUAAACCCGAUAGUAAGGUGUACAUAAAUAAAACAACUGGUUACUUCUUGUGCCCUAAAUGCAAUGCACAUGGUGAUUGGAAUAUUCUUGAGAGACUUAUAAAGAAGUCUAAAGUGGAAGGAAGUAUAAAGGAUUACUUUGAUAAGUUGCAACAAGAUAAAUAUGAAUUUGAUAAACAUUGGGAGAACCUCCUUGCUGAAACUACCUCAUUAUUAAACCUAAGUGAAAAUGAAGUUUUAGAUCUUUUUCGAUUAUUUGAGUUUCCUUACCACACUGAAGCCCACAAGGUACUAUGUGAUGUACGAGUAUCCAAGGAUCAGACAGUAUUAUAUUUUCCCUUAAAAAAUUCUUUGGAUACAAUUAUUGGAUAUAGAAAAAUACAAGCAGGUAGAGAGGAGGAAGUAGAGACCUGCGGUCAUCAUCUAGCUGGGCUUUUCUCAUGUCGAUCAUUUAAAACUCUCAAGACUGAUCAGGCUAUUUUAGUGCCAAGUAUUCAGGAUGUAUUAAGCUUAGCUUCUAAUAAAGUUGCUGGUAAAUUAAUAUGGUUGAGCAACUGUAGUUUGCCACCUGUUGUGCUUCCUGUUUUGGAACGAUACCAAAAGCUCUGCUUGUGGGGUGAUUGGGAGAAUAUGAGAGCAGUUGCAGAGAAACUCGGGGAAGAUAGGUGUUUUUUUGUUAGACCCACUGAUGGCCUGGUAACUGCGUCAGAAGCCGCCUCAGCUAAUUUAUCUUUAAAAACACUUGUGUCAGAAGCAAAACCUGCUUCACACAGAUCUAUUACAACAUUUGCCUCGCUCAGAGAUGAUGUUUAUGCGGAACUGACAAACAUUGAUAAGGUGAGAGGAGUGAAAUGGAAGAGGUUUCCAGCCCUUACAAAAUUGCUGGGGGGCCACCGAAGAGGAGAGCUCACAGUGAUGACGGGACCCACAGGAUGUGGGAAGACCACGCUUUGUGCAGAGAUGUCACUUGAUCUCGCACAACAAGGGGUAACAACGCUAUGGGGUAGUUUUGAAAUCCGCAAUUUUCGUUUGGCUCGUACAAUGCUGCAACAAUUUGCGGGAGUGCCACUAGAACAGAAUCUUAACGAAUUUCCAAAGUUCGCUGAUGAAUUUCAGAAGCUUCCUAUCUUCUACCUCGCGUUUCAUGGACAACAACCGAUUAAAGUAGUAAUGGAAGCGGUAGAACACGCACGUUACAUGUACGAUAUCUCUCACGUGGUGGUAGACAACGUGCAAUUCAUGCUCGGCCUGGGAGAGGAAAGAGAAGGUGACCGAUAUUUGCGGCAAGACGCGGUAAUCACCGCAUUCAGAACCUUUGCAACUGCUAGGCACUGCCAUGUUACACUUGUCAUGCACCCUAGAAAGGAAAGAGAUUCUGAGGACCUGUCAACUAGCUCUAUUUUUGGCAGUGCAAAAGCAUCACAGGAAGCUGAUAAUGUAUUAAUUAUUCAGGAUAAACGAUUGACGGCAGUCAGAGGAAAGAAAUAUUUACAAGUAGCGAAAAAUCGCUAUAGCGGUGACCUAGGAAUUGUACCAUUGGACUUUGAUAAAGAUGCCUUAAGCUAUCAGCCCAAAAAAAAGGCAAAGAAACAAGAUGAACCAGAAAAACUGCUGGACAAUUGUUUUCAAGAAUAUUCAUUAGAUGAGCCCCAAGACAUUAGCCAAAUAUUGAAAAGCAGUAAAAGUAAAAAUAAUAAGAAAGAAAAUGUAGAUACUUUUCUUAAUGAUAUAUUAAAUUUAAAUAGAACUAGAUAA